AUGUCAUGUCUCGAAUGCUUUAAAGGCUAUAGCCGUGAUGAAAAGCCGACUGGGAAAGUAUGCAGCAUCUUUGGUCGACAAACCUACGUCGCUACCCCAUCAAAUAAUGCACCAAUCAAGGGUACUAUUAUUAUCGUACCGGACGCAUACGGAUGGGAAUUUGUUAAUAAUAGGCUACUUGCCGAUCACUAUGCGCUCUAUGGUAACUUUCUGGUUUAUCUACCUGACUUUAUGGACGGUCGACCGGCUCCUUUAUGGCUUCUUGACGUUGUGCCUCGGCUCGGAGAUACCAGCUCAAUCUGGAAUUUUAUACGGCAACCGUGGUAUGCCGCACAGCUCGUGUAUGGAGUUGCUCCGUUCUUCAUGUAUAACAGCUUUGGUCGCGCCUGGCCAAGAAUCCGAUCUUUCGUUGAGGCUGUCCGUUUAAAUGAAGUACCUGGACUACGUAUAGGAGCCGCCGGAUUCUGCUGGGGAGGCAGGCCGGUACUAUUCCUUACACAUCCAGAUGCCAGGACUGCGGAGGGUAAUCCACUCGUUGAUGCAGUCUUUACAGGUCACCCUAGCGGUUUAUGCCUGCCUGGCGAUGCAGAAAAGGUGACCAAGCCUGUGUCCGUUGCUAUUGGAGACACAGAUAUAGUUACUUCUAUGUCACAGAUUGAUGUGAUGAAAAAUGUCUGGCAGAGCUUAGGGGAUGUUCCGACAGAGGUGGUUGUGUACCGAGGAGCUGGCCAUGGCUUCUGCGUCCGUGUAGACCCCAGCAACCAGAAUCAAUUUCAGCAAAGCAAAGAGGCCGAAGAUCAGGCCUUGAGAUGGUUUGAUAAGCACCUCGGUUAG